GUGAGAGGGAAAAAAUGGCUAGUUUUGGAUCCCAACAUAAGUGGACCUUUGAGUCUUAUUGCAGAAUUUUCACUUUUGAAGCAUCACCAAAAUGAAUACGUAGAGAAUCCCAAUGUUGAAAAGUAUGAAUAUACCCUCUUUUUUGUUCCAUGUCGAACAAUGAUCUGUCAAAAAGUUUUAGAAGCUGGAUCUUUG